UUGCCGGUAAGUUUUUUUUCUCUUUCUCUCUCUGUGAACGAGGUUACAUGACUUGAGCUAUGGUGUGAAAUAAAGUGAGUGAAAAGUUAAAGCUAGUGCAAAUGUGGUUUUGGAGCUUUACCCCUGUAGCUCUGCCACAGAACCGAGUGGUUUUGUGUUCAUGUUGCUAUGUGGGAGAAUGAAAAAAAAGAAAACUUUACUGAAACAUUCACUCAAUGUGAAGUAUGAAAUAUGAAUUAAUCGUAGCGAUUAAUUUGUGUUCAUGUACAGAUGGACCUCCAGCGACUUGUUGCCUCGAGCUAAGAUCCAGCAGAGUGUCUUUGGAGAGAGUUAAGAACUACAGAAUACAAACUAAAGGACUGUGUCCCAUAAAAGCAGUUGUGAUCCAGACUGUAUCUGGGAAAAGUCUCUGUUCUGAUCCUAACAGUAACUGGACACAGAGGGCCAUGCGGAAGGUGGAUAAAGAGAGAGAGCAGGAUCCUGUACCUACAGAAGCAGCAUCAGCGGACGGGAGCAGAGGACGGGCAGAUCCUGUCACAACAACUGAGCUGCCAUUGAAAAGAAGGCGGAAUAGAGUAAAACCAAGACAAAAGAGUAAAAAAGAAAAGUCAAAGACAAGCACAAAAGCCCAUAAGGGUCCCAAAGAAAAGAGAUCAGAAAGAGGCGGUGUAAAAGGAAAGAACAAGAAGGGAAAAAACUGAGGAAAAUAUUGUGCUAAAACAAGAUAAUUUUGUCUGUCAUUUGUCUUUGACCUUUUUUUUUUUUCAGAAUUGCAUGAUAUAAAUUCGCAAAUUGCGAGUUAUAAAGUCAGAAUUGCGAAUUAUAAACUCAUAUUUGUAAGAAAAUGUCAGAAUUGUGGGAUAUAAACUCACAAUAGAGUGGUGCAGGGAUGACGUCAGAUCCUGGAAGUCUAAUUCGCCGCUGAAGAUUUUCCUAUGAGGUUUUAUGAUGGCGUUUUUCAGUUUAUGAGUAAAAUAAAGCCUGUACUUUGACGUUUUGUUGUACAGCGUACACUGCACACACUCACAACUGUCUUAUCUAGUUACUUAUUAAAAAUUACCGUUUUCAAAAAUGAACAUAACUGCUUCAAAUUCACGUUUUUGGUAUGGGUGUGUUGUAGAACAAAACGUCAAAGUAUACUCAAAAGUUAUGUUUACCACAGACUUUAUUCUACAGAUAAAUUGAAAAACCGCAUAGGAAAAUCUCGAAGGAACCAGCGGUGAAUUAGUCUUCCGGUUCUGGCGUCAUCCCUGCACCACUCUAUUGUGAGGAAAAAGGUCAGAAGUUUGAGUUUAUCUUGAGUUAUCUUGCAAUUCUGAGAAAAAUAGUCAGAAUUGUGAGAUAAAAAGUCACAAUUAUGUUUUAAAUUUCUGAUUUCAUGUCAGAAACAAGUUUUUAUAUGCAGUUUUUUUUUUAUUAUUACUAUUUUAAUCAAAUCAAUUCUAUGUAUUUUUCAUAAAGUAGAAGCAAAAGAUUCUGUUUGCUAGUCAGAUCUGUAUGAAAAUUCCCAAAUGAAUGUUAAUGUUAAUGCUUAUAAUUGCUUUACUUUUUGGUAUAAACAAACCCUUUCAUAAUUCCUGGCAGCAAAAAUAUAAACUGGUUGAUUAAUCACAAAUAAAUAAAUUAUGUAAAAUGCAGAUGAUGUACAUAUGUUUUGAAAAAGUAUUCUGCUCAGACAGAGAUUGUGCUCAGUUUAGUUUGACUUUAUGGUGUAAAGGAAGAGGGAUUUAAGCACUGAUUGAUUGACUGAUGUUCUUUACUGUGGCUGAUGCUGUACUGGAUGGAUGGAUGGAUGGAUGGAUGGAUGGAUGGAUGGAUAAGUGGGUUUAGGUUACAGGAGAUGGCAGUAAUUUUAGAAACACUAUUAUAAUGAGUCAGCAAUAACCAUGAAAGUGUAAAGAGCACAUACAAAAAGAUGUAAACAAAAAUGUUGUCCUUUCAUAGUAAUAAAAUUAUUUUUUAUUAUUUUAA